ACAAAAAAUCACCCCCUUUCUCUCUCUCUUCCUCUCUCUCUCUAAAACACCUUCUCUAUAUAUGUGGGUUUCGGCCCCCAUCUUUGCCUCUUUCGCCUCUGAAUUCUCAACAAAAAUCGUACUCAAUUCCAACAAAUCCAUCGCAAAAACUCUCACACUUCGAACACAAAUUAACCCAAACUCUCAAUUCUAGAGAGAGAAACUCUUCCUGUUCCUGUAUCCGAUUACAACCUCUUUACUCCCUUCAAUCCCCACCAAUGCCCACUUUGUAGGUCCGAUCGGUUAGUUCAAGGGUUACAUUUGAGUUUUUGGAGAAUUAGGGUUUCGAAUUUUGAUCAAGAUUUGUGAUUGGGGAUUAGGGAUUUGGGAUUUGCGAUUUUAACUUGAGGGUUACAUUUGAGUUUAAGAAAUUAAUAAUCUUUAUUGGGUAGUGAUCAUAAUUCAUACUUUAUAAGUGGAUGUUUUGAUUUAAAAGUUUUAAGUGUGGAUUACAGUUACUGUUCGAGGUGAUUCGAAGAGUGUUUGAAUGUUGAAAUGAGUGGAAGGAUAUGAUUAAUGGAGAUGAAUAUAGUUGGUGGUUUGUUUACAUGUUGGGACUGUUGAUUUUAGAAGUGGUUGAAAAGGUUUUGUUUAUUGGUGUUUGUUAUAGUUGUUGUUUGUGCAGUUUGCGCAAUGUCUCGGUGCUUUCCGUUUCCGCCACCGGGAUAUGAAAAGAAACCGUUAGUUGAUGAUCCGGACUUGCUGAAGAAGGAAAAGCGAAAAGAGAAGAAGCACAAGAAGGACAAAGACAAAAAAGAUAGUAAAGAAAAAAGGGAAAAAGAUAGAAGCGAAGGGAAGCACAAAGAGAAAAAAGACAAAAAGGAUAAACACCGUGACAAGAAGAAAGAUAAGGAGAAGAGUAAAACCAGUACCCCCGACGAGAAAAAUAUACACGGCCAAUUUGAGGGGUAUAACGGGGAAACACUUUAUCAUCAGAAUGAACAAACUAAAGAGAAAAUCGGUUCCAUUGAUGACAAGAAACCGUCGAUACAAUAUCCCCACCAAAAUGGCGUUUUGUUCAGAAACAGGACUGAACAAAACAGGACUAAGGUCGGGGAUACUGAAAAUCUCAAAUUUGUGCAAGAAUUGGAUAGAAGAAUUAGAGACGAAGAAAAGGGAAUCGGUAGCCAGCAGUUUGUCGUUGACGGUAGAAAAAAUAGUGGUAACAAAGUCGAAACUCAAAAGGCGGAUGUGCGGCAAGCGGUCAUGGAUGCAGCCGGAUUUGGCGGCAAUGUGGCGGUGAGUAGAAUUAAUGGUGCAACACUACCUUUAGAUAACCGAAGGAUUGAGAAAACGAAAGAAAGAGGAGUUGACGGACGGCAAUCGGUCAUGGAUGUGGCGGGAUAUGGUGGCAAUGUAGCGGUUCCGAAUAGGGUUAACGGUGCAACACCGCCACCACCACCUUUGGGUGAUAGAAGGGUUGAGAAAAUGCGAGAAAUAGGAAGUGAUGAUAAGCGGAAAAACAAAGAUCGGGAUAAACAGAAAAUGGAAAAGGAGAAAAAGCCGGAGAAAUUAAGGGAAAAAAGCGAGCAGAAAAAAGUCAAGAGGGAGAAAAACAAUGAUACUAUGAAGAGUGAUACGGUCGAUGGUGCUAAUAGUUUGUCUGCGUAUACGUUGGAAAAUAGUUUUCAAGGCGUUGGUAAUGACGGAAACUUAAAGAAACGGAAAGCUAUGGAGACAAACGGUGUUUUGCAUGAGAAUGAACCCAGGCCCAACAAGAUGGCCCGGCCCAUCAAUAAUAUCUCCCCUGAAAACGGAAGGAAGCUAGACUUUCUCCAAAAACCGGGCACAAGUUUGUUAGACAAGCAAGGGGCAUCUCACGGGGCAUCAUUCAAUAACUCUAAUGUCGGUAGUAAAGGUGGACCGGGUGGUCAAAGAGUCAACGGCAUGAUGACUUCUCAGCCAGUCUCAUCAAUUCCUGCUAAAAAGCCACCAGCUCCUGCUUUUACUCACGUUCCGUCGAAGCCCUCACCGAUAAAAUCACCGCCUGUAAUUACAAACCAUGUUGCUUCCCAAUCGCCGCCUACCAAGCCGCUACCUAAUCACAUUGCCGCCCAAUCACCCGCCCGCAAGCCGCCACCUUCAAUCCCAAAUCCGAUUGCCGCUCACCAACUGCCACCCCUUUCAUCACCACCACCGCCACCACCACCACAACUACCAACUGCAGCUGGCAAACAACAACCAAAACCACCGCCUGCUGUUGUUAACAAGGCGGCACCAGUGCCUGUUCCCAAAAAGAAACCGCCGCACCCAGAUACAAAAUACCUGACACAAAUACUCUCGGUCCCGAAACUAGACCCGUGGUGCGGUCUUGAUGACCAAGAAUGGCUAUUUAGCAGCAAAGCGGGGCCCAGAUCUAAGAAAGCACCGAUGAAUGAGCCAGAGAUCCAGGUAUGGUCUGAAGCUAAGCACAUAGAAUCUGUUGAUGUUUGUGCUUUGCCAUAUGUUAUUCCGUACUAAUCGGUUUUUAAUGAGCAAAAAACUAUAUAAUGAAUGAUGACGUGGGGUCGAGCUCGAGCUCUUAAAGAAGAAGAAAGAUAUGGAGUCGAGGUUUGAAAAAGGGCUCUGGUGGCUUCUGCAAUGUUUAUUGAUAUUUGCUGAAAGCUGAGAUGCUCUUUGCUUGCUUGCUGCUAACUUGUGGUGGUUGGUUAGAGAUAACUAUUACAUCCCAAAUUUUUGAUUUUGUAACAUACAGGUGGUAAGUAUUUACAUGAAAUGAAAUGAAAUGUAAGAUAGGAGGCAGGGGUAAAACAGGGAUAUUGAAAAAAAGAGAGGGUGGUGUGAGUGGAAUGAAUGAAUGAAUGAAUCCUUUUGACAUUGAUGAUUGGUUUUAUGAUCUAUGACCCCUUGUGAUUGGUCUGGA